GCUGUGAUUCUUCUCCGUCCGCCAUAUACCCAACAUGCUCACUUCUAGAUGCAUCGCCCGCGCCACCAUACAACGUCCCGGUCCCAGUCCACGCCACGCCCCGCCACUAUGUAGGAAUAUCAGAAGCAGAGCCCCGCGUCCUCAGGUGCGCACUGCAACACAUCCCUACGCCCAGCGUCGCCAGCAGCACUUUGUCCGCUCCGUGGCCACCGUCACCGUCCUGUGGGCCACGGCCUCGGCAUGGCAGUGGUGCAGCGGGGACGCCAUCAUACGCGAUGCGCACGCCGAGGAGCCCGCAGAGGAGGAGCAGAUGCGCUUCGAGGCACCGCGACGGCGCGCGACAUCGGCCGAGGAGAAUCGCAACAUCAUCAGCUCGCAGCACCUGCAGGUUCAGAGGAGCUGGGAGAACCCGGGCGUCUAUGCCUGGGGCUCCAAUGCUGCCCGUGUCGUCGCCCCAGACUCGUCCGACAAGUACAUCAAGGCCCCGCGUCGCAUCGCCUUCUUCGACGGCAAGAUCCUGCGCGACGUCAAGCUAGAUCGCAACUUUGGCGCUGCCAUUGACGAGAGGGGCGACUUGCUGCAAUGGGGCAUGGCCUUUUCCACAGACUCGACCGAGCCCACGCAUACACUGCGAGGACACAACCUGACGUCGCUGGCCAUCUCGCGCGACCGCAUCAUCGCCCUGUCCUCGAACGGCGCCGUCUACUCGAUCCCCGUGUCGCAGGCCGAGCAGAAGAGCGGCCCCAAGCCUGCCUCCACAUCAUGGAUCCCCUUCUGGGGCAGCGUAAACGACGUGUCUUACCGUGUGCGCACACCCGAGAACCUGGCCUGGAGCGAGCGCGUCACCCACAUCUCGUCAGGCCUGGAACACGCCCUGAUGCUGACAUCGGCCGGCCGCGUCUUCUCCUUCGCCUCGGGCACGCAAGACUUCCCCUCGAGAGGCCAGCUAGGCAUCCCGGGCCUGACAUGGGAAAACCGGCCCCCAGGCGCCUUUGACGUCCCCCACGAAAUCACAACACUAAAAGGCUUCCCCAUCAAAAAAAUAGCCACAGGCGACUUCCACAGCCUCGUAUGCGACUCCUCCGGCCGCGCCUUCACCUUCGGCGACAACACCUCCGGCCAACUAGGCUUCCCCUACAACGCCGAAGCCCCGCACAUCUCCGCCCCCUCCCUCCUCCCCACCCACAAAAUGUACGCCGGCACCGCCGCCCACGCAAAAGUCACCUCCGUCUUCGCAGGCGGAAACACCUCCUUCCUCACCGUCGACGCCACAGCCCCCACAACCGCCCGCAUCACAGCAGAUACAUGGGCCUUUGGCUUCGGACUCACAGGCCAACUCGGUAUCGGCCGCUGGGUCCACACGCAAUCCGAUCCCGUCAAGUUGCCCGCUUUCUCAGGCCUGUUCGAAUGGGACGAAGUGAAACAUGCCGCUAUUCCUAUCCGUCUGGCUACCAUCUCAGUCGGAACGUCGCACGCUGCCGCCGUGCUGGAUAACGUGUCCAGCGUUUCCGUCAAGGCCCAGACAGCUAAGCACACGCAGAAUGACACGAAUUGGGGCCGCGAUAUCUUGUUCUGGGGCAACAAUGAGUUCUACCAGAUUGGGAGUGGGAAAAGGAGUAAUGUCGCUACGCCCGCGUAUAUUCAGCCGCUUGAUCAGGCGGCUGAGGUGGAGCGCGCGGCGCAGGCGGGCGGGUGGGCGAAGGGGCAGAGGGACGGGGGGGUGCAUCGGUUUCAGAUUACGCCCAAGGGACGGGUUAGUGUGGGGGGCAGGAUGAGGGAGUUUGGGCAGAAGGUCGAGUGUGGGAGGGGGGUUACUGCUGUGUAUUCUGCUGUUUAG